CUUGAUUUUAGGUCCAAUCUAAAUCCUGUACCCAGAGCCAAUUAGUUCACGUAGGUAUGGACCUAACCCAACAGUCUUGCAUCCAACCUGGAUCCAUACACAACAGUGCCAUGGAUGGGCAUGAAUUGUGGGCCGACCCGGUCUCUCCCAAGCUAUCGUGGAUAAUUGGUCGUUCAGCCCCAAGAAAAGGCAUCCUUUAUUUGUCCCCCGUUUCACCAUUCCGGCCCAGCGCUACCCCCACAAUGGCCAUGGUCGCCGGGAGCUACGCCGCCGCCGCCGUAGUCCCAAUCUCCCGUGGGCGUUCUCUGGCCAGAGCCGCCCAGCGACUACUCGCCUGCCCUCUCCUCCUGCUGACACGAGAGCCCUUUCCUCUCGCUACUCUGACCCGCUCACCCUCCCGAGGGAUAUGCCAGAUAGCUCAUGCACUCAAGCCCGGAGCGGACUCGUUGCUUCAAGGGGUUGGUGACAAAAAUGUCGCCGAGGCCGUGAAGAACAUUCUUGAUAUGGCAAGACGGGCUUCAUCAAGAAGAGAAAUUCUCCAUACAGACUUUCUUCCUCCGCCGGCAGUGAAAGAGUCGAUGUCGGCACUAGAAAAGUUAUCUGAUAUCAGAGCAGUAGCUCAGGGUGGUUACCCACAGGCUGAACGAUGUCGCAUUUCUGUUGGACAUUCGGACGCCAUGACGACAGACCCAGAUGUGGUGGCUGCUUUGAGUAUUUCAGGAAACUUUGGGUUUGAGGCUUGUUCUCAUGGUGACUUCCUCGGCGCGAUUCUUGGCACUGGGAUUGUAAGAGAGAAGGUUGGAGAUAUAUUGUUGCAGGGAGAAAAGGGGGCUCAGGUCCUUGUUGUUCCAGAACUCACCGAAUUUCUUAUAUCAGCACUGGAUAAGGUUCGUAAUGUUCCUGUCACCUGCAAACAAAUACCAUUGCUUGCUUUAGAGUAUGAGCCACCAAGGACUAAGUCAUUUAAAACUGUUGAAGCUUCAUUAAGGGUUGAUGCACUAGCUAGUGCAGGAUUCAAGAUAUCACGUUCGAAACUUGUUAAUUUGAUCAGUGCUGGGGAUGUGCGAGUCAAUUGGUCGCCGGUGAUAAAAAAUGGAACGGUGCUCAAGACAGGAGAUAUUGUUUCCAUCAAUGGGAAAGGGCGGUUGAAGAUUGGGGAGAUCACAACAACAAGAAAAGGAAAAUAUGCAGUUGAGUUGAUUCGAUAUUUGUAGAGGUGUCAUAUUCAAUGAACAUUAUUUUCUUUAGGAGAAACAUUGGUUGCUCGAAGGAAGUCCUGCAGCAACAGAAGAACUAUGGCUUCCCCAUAUAAACUUUCCAAGGCGCAAACAGCUAAACUUUCUUUUGCUUGGUUGUGAUUUUUCUCACUGAUAUCUUACGCAAUAUUAAGAGCGUGAGUGAGUAUGUUCAAGGAACAGUAGGUUGUUUCUGUGGGCUAAUCGGAAUGAGUUCUUUCAGCUAGACUUCAGUUUUUGACCAGUGCGCAAUGCUUUCAGACUCAUUCUGUUCAUGAGAAUCUUUGCAACUAUAAAGCAGUCAUCAUCAAAUCUUGCA